UUUGGUCAUUCUUUGGCUGGCCCCGUAGGUCAAAGUGACCUUUAGACUCUACCCAUACCAUACUGUAUGUCGUACAAUGUAUUCGAAAUGUUCAACGGUACGGUACGGGUCACUGUACGGUCAUACGACCGGCUAUACGGUCAAACGGGAGAUGAAACAACGUCAAAUUCUCCUCCGACUGCAUCGUUCAUCGCUCGUGUUCAUAGGCUCCUCCUGCCAACAGAAGCUCCUUCCCUCCUUCGCAUACGCUUCCAAAUCAUAAACAUAUGGCGUCCUAUAUCACAUGCAGCUGUAAAUUGGCAGAUUGCACUAUGCAACUCCCGCAGUGUCGAUUUCGAGAAAGACUCGGUGCCUGUCGCUCUUAUAUACGCUGACUUUGACCCCUCAUACUGGUUUCCAAGACCCGAACACUCUAGAGGGAACACCGCUUCGGAAAUCCAUUAA